GUCAAGAUGAGAGAUCUGUUUGGUGGCCUAGGGAAGCCAAGUGGGCUCUUACUCAGAAUAUUGCAGUGUGUGUCUGCAGCUGCUUCCGCUGAAGUAAUGGCAUUAGCUUCACACUUUACAAGCUGCAUCAGUUUUUGGUUCUUGGCACUUGUGAUUGGGGUUCUAUUUUUCUGGAGUUUAAUGCUUUGUUGCCUGGAUUUUCAUUCCAUAAUGUUGAGAAAGAGAGUGCGAGUGCAUUCUGUUUUCCUUCUGGUCAUGAUUUGUAUUGGUGACGGGGUGAUGACUAUUCUAUCUCUUGGUGUUGCAUGUGCAUCUGCUGCUGUACUGGAUUUUCUAUACAAGUAUAAUAGUUGAUAUGAGCGGUACAUGCCAUGCAACAUGUAUCGUCUUUCAAUUGCACUAGCAUUUGUCGCUUGCUUCUUUAUAGCGAUUUCUGCUAAUGUUAUGUUUAGGCUUGUAGCCUCGUCUUAUUAGAUAUAAGCUGCUACGGUUUGGAGAAUCUAUGCUUUCUAUUGUAAAUAGUACUACUAGCAACUGAAGUCUUUCAUUUCUAAGUUUCAUGAUGUUUAGGUGGUCAUGUGAAUGAAACACUAAAAAUCUCUGAUCUUGAAUUCAAUUAAUUGUAGGUUGGUCAGGUUGUGGAU